CUUCCUUUAAGUUGCCGCUGCAAUUUCUGAACAAAACAUAAUAUUUACUAGUUCGGAUAUAACUCAAGAGGAGGAUGUCUGAGCUCAGUGAUGAGGCCAGCAGUGAGUCGGAUCAGCUGGGCGCGAGUCUGUCCGUGUGGCUGGCCGGAGGCGCAGGUGCUCUGAUCAGCCCGGAGGAGCUGAAUGUUCCGCUGGAUCUUCACACCGCCUGCUCCAUCGGACAGUAUGAUGUGGUUUCCGAGUGUAUCCGCAGGGGAGAUGUGGAUUUGGAUGGUCAGAACAUUGGUGGCUGGACUCCUCUGAUGUACGCUGCUUACAUCGGUCAUGAUAACAUCGCUAACCUGCUGCUAGAGACUGGCGUUAACGUCAACGCCACCACAUCGAAAGGCCUGACGCCACUGAUGCUCGCCGCCAGCUGCGGGAACGAGAGCAUUGCUCACUUCCUCUUGCAGAAAGGAGCACAGCUGGAGUGUAAAGAUGUGCGUGGAUGGACGGCUCUGUUGUACAGCACAGCUACCGGACAUCAGCAGAUGGUCAAAUUCCUAUUAGAGCAUCACGCCAAUGCAAAUGUCAAGGAGCCACUGUCAGGAUUCACACCGCUCAUGGAAGCCGCAGCGUCCGGUCAUGAAAUCAUCGUCCAGUACCUGCUCAGCCAUGGCGCGCGAACAAAGGACCGAAACAUGAAGGGAGAAACGGCGAGAGCUCUGGCUAUGAUGUACGGACACAUCAAAAUCGCCAGCCUCAUCGACAUGCACGUCAUAAGAGCCAAAUCAUCUAUGUAUGAGGAGCUGAGCUCGUCUGAAGAAGAAAACCCAAGUCCUAGAGUCCGUUCAGCUCACAGCAGAACCAGAGGACCCAGCAUUCACGAUGGCCCACAGGCUAUCGCACGAUUCAGAGUCGGAUCCAAACACGAAGUUCCUGCAGCUCCUCCAGGAUACGUGACCUUCCGCGAUGUUGGAGAUCAGAGCGAGGGAAUCUGCAAUCGUGACGUCACUUCCCCCAUCAAUGAGCUGGACGGACAGAGCAACAGCAGUAGAGAUGAGCUGUUUUUCGAUAACGACAUGCCCACGCUGAAGAGCAGCAGCAGCAGCAGUGAAAGUUUGUCACAUCUGCUUGGGCUAAGCAGGGAAGCGUCGCUGGAAAGCAAUGAGGACUCUGACCAAGCAAAGAGAAGCUGUCCACGUCGAUCUAACAAACUCCAGCACUCCAAAAGCAGGAGUCCUUAUAACAGCAGAGGCAGCGCAGGUUACAGAGAGGUGCGGUCUUCCUCUGGACCUCCACCUUCAUACACUGGACCAAAGGAUCUCUCAGAGUUCCUGGAGCAGAUCGGGUUCAGUAAGUAUCUCCCUCUGCUGGAGGAGCAAGACAUCGACCUGAGAAUCUUUCUCACGCUCACCGAGAAUGACCUUAAGGAAAUCGGUAUCACUCUCUUUGGUCCUAAGAGGAGAAUGACAUCAGCAAUAGCUCGUUGGCAUAGUAACGCACGGCCACCCAGCGAUGCAUUAGAACAGGCAUAUGCAGACCAACUGGAGGCUGAGAUGCAGGAAAUGGCCAUUCAGCUUCAUAAGCGUUGCGUGGAGGUGGAGUCUUUUCAGGGUCAAGUGACCCAGGAGAAAGAGCUGCGUGCUGUGAUGGAGGGAUGCCUGAUGGAGGAGAAGAUGGCAUGGAAAAGGGUUCAGGCAGAACUGAAGGAAAACGCUAAACGCAUGCAGACGCUGAACGCAAAACUACACACUCUACAGAACACGCACACACAACUCAAACAGAUCACACAGGAUGACGGUCGAUCUGUGGGAAAAGGUGACGGUUUGAUGUGCUCUCAGCUCCUGACUAAGAUGGACUCUCAUAUAGCAGAUCUUGCUGAAAGUGUGAAGGAAAUCUGUCACAGUCUCCAGCAUCUGUGCACUUCAGAGAAAAACUCACACAACUGGGAAGAAUCCUAGCAGCCAAGAACAGGGCAAUUUCUUUUUUCUGACGGAGGGUGAAAAUCCACCCUGAACACUGCAUGAGCGGGCCAGAAAGAAAGGCAUCCGUGCCGGUCCAUAAUGAGUUCAGAUGGAGAUUAUGGACUGAAGACGGCGGCAGGGUGGCCAGAAAAGACAAGCAAGCGAAGAGCAUCUCUCGCCUAUGCUACAGUCACAUGGUACACAUGCAGACCAAUCACAGGAGCUGUGUUGGACAGGGCGGAGCCAGAACUGCUGAAUGUGCCAGAAACACAUGGACGCUGCAAGCACAAACACUGUUCAUUGCUGUGCAACAGAUCAAACCUCUGGUGUUUAAAAACAUGCUUAUUUAUAGCUUUUUCAUUCAAAAAUCAAACCUCAGAUGAUCUUAACUAUCAAUUGUCUUCUCUUAAAGGGAUAGCUCAUUCAAAAAUGAAACUUUACUCAACCCCCAAGUGGUUACUAAUAUUUAUGAGUUUCUUUAUUAUGUUAAACACUAAAAUAUAUAUUUUUGAUCUCCCUUAAAGAUCUCCAUAGUAGGAAAAACAAAUACUAACAGAAAAAAUGAAACUCAAAGGUUUGAAGCAAGUAAAGUGUGAGAAAACAAUGACAAUUUUCAUUGUUGUGGUGAACUGUCCCUUUAAAUACUGUCUAUGGUUUAAUUCUGCUGGUGUUUUCAUGAACGUGACCUGAGCUGAACCUCUGGGGUUAUGGUUGUAUAACUGGAGCUACCGUCAGUUUUUAUAUUUAAAAGGGGGUUUCUGUCUACAAAAUGUGUAAAAUACUCUGUAUAUCAAUUUAAAAUGAUCCUUUUUGAUGUUAAUCAACCCGUUUGUCAUCAAAUAUUAUUAUUAUUAUGAUGCAUAUGUACAUGGAAUAGUUUUAAGGUCUAUAAAUUAAUUAAAUCAUUACGUUUUCAUGUUUUAUUAUUGAAUGCUGAUCUUGAAA